AUGGCCACAACCCUCCUGAACAGCAACAACUCCAAACCCGCCCAGCCAUCCGCUCCCGCCAACUCUGCUGCCCAGACCUCGGCUCAGCCUCCUAAACCUAUCCGCUUCGUCAACAGCCAGGGUCGUCCGCCCUCCAAGCGUCGCCGCAUAAACGCAGCCUGCCUAACCUGCCGACGUCGCAAGACGCGAUGUGCUGGCGAGCGUCCCCGGUGCUCGACCUGCGUCAACAACAACCACCAAUGCCUCGGCUACCAAGAGGACAAGAAGGAUGGAAACGACGCGGCUGACGCCAGAUUCGACGCCGACGACGACGACGACGACGACGCCCAAGAAACAAACGAUCCGAGCGUUCCCCACCGUCAAUCCCUAUCACACGGUAACCAGAAAAGGCCCAACCUGCCUGCUGCCAGUCGCGACAGGAGCGUCGACGACGACAGCAACGACCGUCUGACCAAGAAAUCUCGCAUCGCCGCCGCGGACCCGACUCCGCCUGUCGGUGCCAACGCCAGCAGCAGGAGUACGGCUGCCGAUCAUCAGCGUACCCCCUUAUCCCAGCAUCGGCAGCUGCCCGGGCCUGCCGCCCUGCGGUCGGGAGCGCCCUCGGCCAGCGCCGCCAAGACCGGCAAGGGCAGACCGCCCCGACGCGAUGCGACGUCGCCCGCCGCUCACCAGCCGUCCACGACGUCUCCGUCCUCCCGCCUUGCCCGCGCCCGCACCGCCUUCGACGCGCCCAGACCGCAUCUCGAGGACCCCGCGUCCCCUAUGCUCCGUCGCGCCACGCCCCCCGGCGGCGGCGGCGGCGGCGCCAGCAACCAUCGUGUGCCUUACUUUCGCUACUUUGGUCCCACCGCCAUCGUGCCCGGAUUCAAGCAGAUGGUCGUCUCGGUCCGCCAUCGCCGCCGCUCCACCAACGGUUCCCUGUCGGAUACGUCACCGUUGAGCAACCCUAGCGGCACAGGCCCCGGCGCCAGCACCGGUGCCGAGAGCGAUCUCGCCCCCGACGAGCCCCCAGCCUACGACGUCAGCGACCCGGCCCCGGUCCACCCCCUCAUCAUCAGCCUGGUCACUGCAUUCUUUGUCCACCUCGGCUGCAACUACCCCUUCCUACGCCAGGACAGGUUCGUGGCCAUGGUCAAGGAGAAGCGUGCCGAGCCCAUACUCGUCGACGCCGUCUGCUCCCUCGCCGCCCGCUUCUCCGACUCGCCCGUCCUGACGGCCGGGAGAGACGGCAUGCCCCGCACCCUACGCGGCCAAGUCUUCGCCCAGAGGGCCAAGCAGGCUACCGUCGACACCUUCCUGUGCCCCACCGUCGGCGCCGUCCAGGCCUGCCUCCUCAUGGCCUACGAGGGUUUCGGGGCCAACCAAGACAGCGCCCUCUGGAUGUACCUCGGUCUCGCCAUCCGCAUGGCCGUCGACCUCGGACUGCAGAAGCGCGUCGGCAUCCAGUACCGAGGCGACGAACGCGACCCCCGCGUCACCAAGCAGCAGCUACGCCGCGCCCGCUCGGCCUCGGAGAGCCCCGGAGAUGCCAGGGAUCAGCCCGACACGCCGCUGCAGCAGGAGGAGAGGGACCUGGAGCAGGAGCGCGUCGACACCUUCUGGGCCGUGUUCGUGCUCGACCGCCUCGUCUCGUCCGGCACCGGCCGGCCCGUGACACUGCGCGACGACGACUUCGAACUCCCCUUCCCCAAACCCGGCAUCCACCCGGAUACUCACUGGCCCACGCCCUUCCCGAUGCUCGUAGAGAUCGUGCACAUGUACGGCCGCGUCUCGGACAUGCUCAACAACAUACACGACAUCUCGGAUCUCACGCAGGAGACGUGGCACAAGCUCAUGACCAUGGAGAGCCACCUCACCAUGGUCUACAAGAACUGGGACGUCCGGCUGCAGUUCACCGUCCCCAACUUCAAGGCCUACCUACGCAUGGGCCAGGGGACGACCUUCAUCCUGCUGCACUUCUGGUUCCAUGCGCUCUUCAUCAUACUGCACCAGCCGACCCUGCUGUCUCCGUUCGGCGAGCUGCGCAGCGAGCUGCAGCUGCUGCCCGACAGCCGCGAGCUGAGCAUGAGCAGCGCCAAGACGAUAUGCGACAUACUGGCCUUCGCCGAUCUCAUCGAUCCAGACAGCUUCAUCGGCAACCCCUUCACGAGCCAGCCCAUGUACAUCGCCGCGUGCGCCUUCCUCAUGGAGUCGAGCGCCACCGUGUCUCAGCGCCCGUCCAGGGAGGCCUCGCCGUCGCCCAGGGAGGUCAGGAGGACCGAAACGUUCGGUUCCAGGGAGGCCGGCAACGGUCGGACCGGCGCGGGAGGAGGAGGGGGAGGAGGAGGAGGCGCUGGCGGCGACAGCAAAAAGCUGAGACAUUCGCUCCUGGCAUCCGCCGCCAACCAAAACUACCAGCAGUGCUACUCGUCACUCCAGAACCUCCAGGCAUAUUGGGGCGGCGUCAAGUACAUCCUGACCGCGCUCGACCAGAAGUCGAAGGGCAUAUGGGACUGCGAGACGUACACUCUCGAAGAGUACGAGAGCGCGAAGACGGGCGGCCGCGGCGGUCUCGGCAGCCAGUUUCAGUUUGACAACUCGGCCAUGACGUCGCCCAACGCGACGGUGAACGGUCCUCCCAUCGGGUGGACGCUGGCCGGCACGGCCAACUCGCCCAGCUCUAGCCUGACGCUCAUGUAUCAGAACAUGAGCAGCGGCGUGGCCACCGGCGCCGCCGGCAACCAUCGCAGCGACGAGAUGUUGACGUCACCGCAGCAGCCGCGAUCCAGCAGAACACCGCCGCCGCCAAGGCAGCAGACGGACGACGUGGCAAGGCACAUGACGCGGCAGUUCGGCGCCGGCGGCAUGUACCCGCCUCCCUUUCCACAGGCGACCACGUCGGCCAUCCGGUCGUCCCCGCGCCCCCCCAUGCCACCGACGACGGGUGGCGGCAGCGGCAUGUUCGUGACGGCAGCCGCCGCGUCGGGGGAGCCAUCUACAGCGGCGAGUUUCAGCCCCCCCGGCGGCACGAGCGGAGGUCGAUCCGCAGCCUUUGACGGGGGAGGCUACACCGCGUCGCCGACGAGCACAAUGGCCGACGCCGGCGGCGGCGGCGGCGGCGGCGGCGGCGGCCGCAGCAGCAGCAAUCGCGUCGACGGCGACGGCAGCGGCGGCGCCGGAGGCAGCAUGGCAGGCUACCAUCCGACGUCGUGGGGACCGACGACGCACAACAUGGACUCGAUCACGUUUGACAGUCAGGACAUUGACAUCGGCGCCUUGGGUCUGCAGCAGCCGGAGCUCAUGGGACCCUGGCUGGACUACAUUUCCAGCGACAUGCUGGGGCUAUUCAAUCAUCAGGAUGCGAGUCAGGGGGACGACCGGAGGGGAACGUGA